GAUCUCAACUCUUCUGAACGAAAAAAUGUCGAAUUCUACGCAAAAGAGAAAAAUCUUGCCACUGGCUGAAAUGCAGCCUACCAUGACUAACUUUUCGACGGUUGUUCUGAUUAUAUCGAAAUCGUCGCCUAACUUGUUCUUGGACAAGCUCAGUGGCAACGAACGUGGCGUCAUCACGCUAACGGUACGCGACUCCAUCAGCCACAUUACCAAUUGCACGUGCUGGGGUCAGAAGUCAUGCGUGGAUGAGUAUGACGCUAUGCUGCACAUUGGCGACGCGGUGGACAUCGUCGGCGCAAAGGUGAUGUCGCUUUCUAUGCCCCACGAGCCUCGCUAUCAGCCCCGAGCUACCCUCUCGUGCGCACUAACGGUCAACGAAGGCUCUGGUCAUAUUGUGCGACACGACACCAACGACACCGCCGUAAAGGCCCUGCAGCAGCUCAUCCACAAGCCGCACAAGCCCCUUGGCUCUGCCCUUAAUCUGGUCGAGGUUUGCAGUGGCAUUGGGCUUCAGGAAAGGCUUAUCAAUGCAUAUGUGGACCUACUCGUGGUUGUUGCCGCGGUUCGUCCGUUGCGCGAGCUGAAGCGCAAGCUUACCCCAAGCCAUGGGAAGGACAACGGACUACUCCAGUGCCUCGAACUGAUCGUGAUCGAUGCCAGCUAUCCAGAUGGCAUGUUGCUAUCCCUGUGGCAAGCGGAGUGGAUACGCCGCGCCCAGUACUGGGAGCCGCGAAGAACCGUCCUGCACUUGAUCGAUGUGCGUAUCUCCUAUUCGGACUACUACCGCUGUCCAGUGCUCAACCACGCCGCCUGUACGCUUAUCUAUGAGAAUCCGCAGGCCGCCGGCGGAGACUGUGAUGCGCUACUCUCGUUUGUCGCCACUGUGCCGCUUAAGAACUUUGAACAGUCAGUCCUAACAGAUUUGCAGGACCUUCCGACAGCCUGCGAAAUCCAAAGCCAGAUGACAACAAAACAGAUUUACUCUCGUGCCGAGGGUGAACUUUGCAAUCCAGCUAACGAUCGUUUUACGGCCGUGCUCUACUGUAUGGUCACCAAGUUCGACAUUGACGGAUUUUCCAUGAACACCAGCAAGAAGUGCACAACAUGUCAACGUCUUAUUCCACGAAAUCAAAACGACUGCACCAGUGAAGCUUGUCAAUUAGUGUUCUCGCUGGAAUCCAAUGAGCCAAGACACUCGAGCUUCAUCAACAUCAAUAUUGAGUUGUCUGAUCAGACGGGGACGUUGAUCGAGAGCCGUCUGAGCGGACACGUGGCCGAGCGUGUGAUGGGCAUCAAAACGGAUGACUUUCAGCGGCUUUCAGAGCGUGAGAGAACCGGACUCAAGUGGCGCUUUCUGCUAAAGUAUUUUGAAGUUAAGCUGCUCAUAAGGAAACCAGCAGGCAUGCGCAAGAAUCUCUCCGCGAUUGUGGUAGACAUGCAGGAAAUAGCGCUGAACAAACUGGUGGAAAAAAUUGCCGUGUUCUAGUACCAAGGAGUAGAGAUUAUCCAGAAUGGGAUUCUCAAUAAAUACCGAGUUUUAUUUCACGUUUCCACAUAAAAUUGUACAACUACAAUACAUACAUAAAUAUACGCAUUCUCGUACGUACGCGUACGCGUGUCUUUACGUUGAAAGAGCAUGGGAGGGGAGGAAUGAAGUGGGAUCUACCCACGAUCUACGGGUUCGGGUCAAGAGGGUUAGUGGGCAAUGACUACAGUUCGACCAUGGUCGGAUCUAUAAGACAGUGUGCAUCUUUUAUGGUAAGCAUUGUUAUCGAAUACCGGCCCCUACGGAUUAAGUAAUAGAAUUAAAGCCAGAUGAAUCAGUUAUUAGAUAGUAGUUGGUAGUUGGUCAGUUAAUACAAAACAAAUAUUUCAAUUUGCUAGCCGACAACUGUCUUAUAGUUUUAAAAUGUACUCCACACGUGGGUUGCUCACGCGUACAAGCUGGGGCUCGGGAAAACAAUGCAUAAUCGAUCAUGGUGAGUGCCUCAUUUAACUAUAAACAACGAUUUGGUACAACGCUUAAUACUGACCUACAUAAAUUGUAUGUACAUAUGUACAGACAGACAUACUAUACACAUAACCAACGAAUAACGCUAGCAAAUCAAAAUCAACAACAGACUGAGACAACAAAUUAAAAUCAAUGGAAUUCGGGGGCUGGAAAUAAGUUGCAAUGCUGAUCUGAUUGAUGGAGUUACUGGGAAACAACUCAUUCCUCAUUCCGCACUCCGCAUUCAGCUACACGCCUGCAUCUAUUUCACCAAGUAGAAAGAGUAGCGAGCAUUCAAGUAAUAUCAUGAAAAUCUUAGCACCUAAUGAGUUGGUAAAAACAUAAAUAUGAAAACGAAAACAAAACUAAAAAUAAUAAAAA